AUGGGAUCUCUUUUUGCUGAAAGUAGAUGCAGAAUUUAUUCUAUUUUGCAAAAAAACCGCCUAGGAUAUGCUUGCAGAAAUGUAGGAAAACUCCGAUUUCCUGUCAAUAUCAGCUCACAAAGACAUAACACAAACACUUCAACAGCCAAUGAGGAGGAAAUUAAACAGUUUUCUGAUAUUGCAAGCAAGUGGUGGCAGUGGAAUAAUAAAAAUAUGCCUUUACAUGCAUUGAAUAUGGUUCGUGUUCCACUUAUAAGAGAUGCUUUGCUAGGAGAUGAAAAGUCUCACAAAAUUGAUCAACCUCGACCAUUGAGUGGAUACAAAAUCUUAGAUGUUGGAUGUGGUGGUGGUAUCCUAUGCGAGCCUUUAGCACGACUUGGAGCCCAAGUUACAGGUAUUGAUGCCUCUUCUGAAAUUAUUAAUGUGGCUAAAGCACACGCUUCAAAAUGCGAUCGAGUAGCUGCUAAUGUUUCUUAUCAGUGUACAACAAUCGAGCAACUAACAACGACAGAAAACGCACAAUCAUUCGAUGCUGUAAUUGCAUCAGAAGUGAUUGAACACGUUGAUAACGUAGAUUUAUUCGUAUCUAGCUGUUGUCAGUUGAUAAAGCCUGGUGGAAAACACAUUGUUACAACCAUAAAUAGAACACCAUUAUCGUACGCGGUAAUGAUAAUUGGCGGCGAAUAUAUUUCUAGAAUCAUACCUGCUGGAAGUCAUGAUUGGAAGAAAUUUAUUACUCCUAAGGAGCUAACGAAAAAGCUAGAGGAAGGCGGACUAAAUGUGGAUUUUAUUGGAGGAAUUUUCUACAAUCCAUUAACAAAUAAUGCUGGGUGGCUUGACAACACUAAAGUAAACUACGCUAUCGUAGCCCAUAAGCCUAGUGAAAAUUAUGAAAAAUCUAAUGCUUAA